AUGUUUCCCCCUUGGGCCAGUCCCCCCGAUCGUUCCUUCAGCGGGGGAAAUCAGCGCCGACCCAGCAAAUCUGGUUCUCCGUCUGUGCCCCCUGCCAGGCGUCGCUGUCGCGCGCGAGGGCCGGAGUCGCCGACUGCACCGCGGCUGUCAUCGAGUGCGGGCGGAGCGGGCAGUGGCAGCGUGCGUGGUCGUUGCUGGGAGAGCUGCGGGAGGCCAAGCUGGAGCCCGGCGUCGCCCGACUGUCUGCUACAGCGCCGGGAUCAGCGCGUGCCAAAAAGUCGGGCGCUGGCUGGACGCGCUGGCGCUGCUCGGCGAGGUGUGGAGUGUGGAGCUGGAGCCGAACCCGUAGUCUGCUACAGUGCCGCGAUCAGCGCGUGCGGGAAAGGUGGGCAGUGGCAGCAUGCACUGUCGCUGCUAGGCGAGAUGCGGGAGGUUGAGCUCCAGCCCAACGUCAUCAGCUACGGCGCUGGAAUCAGCGCGUGCGAGAAGGGUGGGCACUGGCUGCAGGCGCUGUCGUUGCUCUACGACAUGUGGAAUACCGUUCUCGAGGCGAACGUCAUCAGCUACAGCGCCGCGAUCAGCGCCUGCGAGAAGGGCGGGCAGUGGCUGCUGGCGCUGUCGCUGCUCGGCGAGAUGCUGCAGACGAGGCUGGAGCCCAACAUCGUCAGCUACAAUGCCGCGGUGAGCGCCUGCGGGAAGGGCGGGCAGUGGCGGCCAGCGCUGGCGCUGCUCGGCGAGGCGCGGGGGGCCGCGCUGGAGCCAGACGUCGUCAGCUACAGCGCCGCGAUCAGCGCGUGCGAGAAGGGCGGCCAGUGGGAGCGGGCGCUGACGCUGCUCCAGGCCCUGCGUGGGGCGGGGCUGGAGCCAAACGUCACCUUCUACAGCGCCGGAAUCAGCGCGUGUGAAAAAUGUGGACAAUGGCAGCAGGCACUGUCGUUGCUCAGAGAGGCGUGGGCGGUGAAGUUGAAGCCCAAUGCAGUCAGCUACUGCGCCGGAGUCAGCGCGUGCGGGAAGGGUGCGCAGUGGGAGCCAGCGCUGUCGCUGCUCAGGGAGAUGCGUGAGGUGACGUUGAAUCAAGGCAUCGUCAGCUACAGCGCCGCAAUCAGCGCGUGCGAGAAAGGUGGGCAGUGGCAGCAGGCGCUGUAUCUGCUCGGCGAGAUGCGAGGCGUGAAGGUGGACGCCAGCGUCAUCGACUAUAACGCUGGGAUCAGCGCGUGCGAGAAAUGUGGGCAGUGGCAGCAGGCGUUAUCGUUGCUCAGCCAGUUGCCGAAUUUGGCGCUGAAGCCUGAUGUGAUCAGCUACAGCGCUGUUGUUAGCGCGUGCGAGAAAGGCGAACAGUGGCUCCAGGCGCUGUCGUUGCUCAGGGAGCUGUCGAAGGUGCGGCUGCAGCCGAGCACCGUCAGCUACAGCGCGGGGAUCAGCGCGUGCGAGAAGUGCGGCCAGUGGGAAAGGGCGCUGUGCCUGCUCGGGGAGCUGCGCGAGGUGAGGCUGGAGCCAGACAUCCGCGGGUCAUCUACAACUCGGGGAUCAGCGCGUGCAAAGGCGUGCCGUGGCAGCAGGCGCUGUCGCUACUCAGGGAACUGCGGGCCGUGA